AUGCCGCGCAGAGCUCCGCCUGCCAUCGCGGUCGCCCCAGUAAACACCCUCCUACCCCCACCUCUUCCUUCACCCAUCAUUCAAUCUCUACGUAAAGAUUGGCGAUGGGCAGCCAUCUCUCAAUUUGUAUACACCUUCUCCGACGCUUUCGGAUUGCUCGACUGGGAAAUUGAGGCGCUGGAAAACGAUAUCGACGGAGAUGAGACGGUUCUGGUACCGACGCUGAUCGCAAAGCUCCUCUUCGCGUUGACCUACAACCGCCAAAUCAACCGUGACAAUGCGUUUGAACAUUUGCGGAAACAGUACCUGAAACGUUUGCCUGAUAACAACCCGUUUGGAACGCUGGAAGAGCCAAUAGAGUGGGCUACUCUCGGUUUGGGCAAGAAGGUUGAAGUCUUGCAUCAGUUGUGCGAGUGGCAGAUGGAAGAUCCCGCGAGGUUCAGAGGACUCCUCAAAAGUGAAGACGACGCUGUCUCCUGGAGGAUCGACCCCAUAGGCUGGGACAAACCAGGCAACACAUACUGGCUAUUCGACGAUAACCGAAUCUGGAUCCAACGGCCCCUUCCCCUCCCUCCUACCCAGGCUAAAAAGUCUUCUCUGAAAGCUAAACGUGCUCUCAAACGCGCUAGGGCUCAGCCACCGAUGAAGAAGAGCAAGACGAAACCAAUCCCGAAGAAGCAAGCUCCCCCUGCCCGAAAGCCAAAGCCCAAGACGCCUGGGGAGAAGAAGGCGAAAAAGGAGAGGACGCCCACACCGCCUCCGGUGGAAUUGACAGGGUCGAGAAGACGGACGGCAGUAGCGUUCUACGGGAAUCCGACGCCUACUGCUCUUGCCCUCAAACGCGCGUCUGGGGGGCCUGCUGCGACGCCUUCGAGAGUCGGAGGGAGGGCUACGAGGAGUAGUGGGCGGUUCUCUGCUGUGGGGUUGGAUGAAGAGGAGGAGAAGCCUGCGUCUAGGGCAAUACGGUCGAGGGCGGCUGCGCCAGCGAAAGCUGCUCCUAGAGCGGGCGUCCGCUCAUCUCGCCGUCAUCGUGCUCCCACAGAAGAAGAAGAAGAUGAACAAGAACCACUACCCGAAAAACCCAGCCGAUUCACAAGAGCUACCAGGUCCAACAAGGAAGUCGUGGAAGAUCAGGCAGCGGACGAAGACUCGGAGCUCAGCGAGUUGACAGACGAGGAUGAGCCUCUCGGGCCGUCUUCUGCUGCUGCCGUUGCGGAAGAAGUCGAGCCGGAGCCGACGGAUGUCGACUCGCCGCUUUCGUCUAUCCCUCCCGACCUUGAUGCGGAGCUGCCAAAGGAAGAUGAGGAAGAAGAUUAUGAGCCGGAUGAUGCUUCUUCGGGUGAGAGUGAGAAUGGUGAAGAUGAGGCGCAGGAGGAGGACGGAGAGGAGGAAGAUAAUGGGGAUGAUGAAGAGGAAGAGGAUAUCGUGAAGGCUGCCGUCCGAGAGGCCAAUGCGGUCCCAGAAGGCUUCGUCGAGUGGGAAGCUAUCUGUAUCACUCUCUACGACUACCGCACCUUUCCCCUCCAAUUCGCCUCCUCCAAACACCCCGACGAAAAGGCUCUCUACUCUCUACUCCAAAAAUCUAUUUGCCCGCCCAUCAUCGAGCUUCUCACAGCUCAAGAAGUGGAAAAGCAAAAGGCAGCCAACUUUAUCGCCAGAAAGCGAUCUUCGAGAAUCGCAGAGAAAGAGUCUGAGAGGGAAGAGAUUGAGAGGCGGCAGAAUGCGGAGAAGGAGAUGGUAGAACGUAUGGAGCGUACUCGUCGGGAGGAAGGACGGGCAAAGAGGGAGGCGGACGCUGCUGAGUAUGCUGAACGUUCUAGGGAGGAACGUCUGCGUGAACGAGAGGAGCGUGCGCAAGCUAGGGAGGAGGCAGCGUUGAAGAAGGCGGAGGAAGAGCUGAAUGCGAAAGAAAAGGCGGAGAAGAGCAGGGAGGAGAGGAAGAGGCGCCGGAAGGCUGGAGAGGAGGGGAGUGAGACGCCCGAGGUUGAGAAUCAGCCUCAGCCCCAGGAAGCGCAGCAGUAUGGUCGGGGCCAUAGAAGAAGGGCGGAUAGGUGGGAGGUUGCUUGUGAGGUCUGCCGCACACACGGCUGGAACAUUGAUGGGGACAGGGAUAUGGUCUCGUGUGACCAGUGCGGUCGGUGGCAACAUGUCGAAUGCCAUGACAGGCUGGAUGGAAGUGUCGGGAAAGUGAGGCGCAAUUGGGAUCAAGUGGAAUUCAAGUGCCAAGACUGUGCGCAUCGAGCGGCUAAACGGCCAAGAAUCGACACCCACUCCAAUGGCCACAGCCAUUCGCAUUCUCACCACUCCCAAUCAUCCGCCCAGCCUCUCUCUCCAUACCCUAUCCUCCCCGGCUCCGCUCCGGGCCCUCCUCCACCUAUCGACCCCGCCCAUCCUCCCCCGCCCCCUCUACAGCCUGGGCAGUUCUACCUGCCCUACCAAGGACACCAGGGCCAUGCUGGAAAGGAAGAGAGGCCGGUAGGGUAUGCGGUGUACUACCCGCCAGGGCACCCCAAUGCUGGAGAGAGAAGAAUCAGCGGAGGUAUGGACGGGAGGAGGGUCAGUGACGGUUAUGGUAGUUCAGGGCAGCAACCUCCCGAGGGGUAUAGACGGACGUCGCAAGGCUAUGCGCCUCAUCAACAAUCGCCCCUCGCCCAACCCGACUAUCUUCCCAGCCACGGCCAUCCGCAAGCGUAUCCCCUGGGGCAUAGCCAGCCUCACUCACACCAGCCUCCUUCCCACCAUUACCCUCCUCCCGGUCAAGGUUAUGCGUCUCAGGGGCAAUCGCCCCAAGCGCCUGCUCCUCGCCUGACAUUGCCUCCCUUGCAUCAACAGCUGCCUGGGCAGAACCUUCCAUCUUCGAGGUACCCGCCCGCUCUCUCUGCCCAUCCUCAUUCGCAACCUCAGCACCAUGGCGCGCCUCAUCUCCGGCAGCACCCUGGGCAGGUCUACGCCGGCGAGGGCUAUCCGCCGCAUGGCGCUUAUGGUCAUGGCCCGGGCCACAAUGGGCAUGUGGUGGCUUAUGCGCAGGGACAGCCGAGAGACCCGAGACUACAACAGAGUCCUCCUCAGGCUUCAGUCCAUGCGCAACGGCCUUAUCCUUGA